AUGGGGCGAUUGCGUUGCAGCCUCCUGCCCGAAGAAGCCCUCGACAACUGCAUUCUUUACCGAGUGCUCAAGAGCGGCACGGAAGCUGUCAUCACUGCGUUCCUUCCAGACGCUGGCGAGUUCGGUCUGGAGAUUUAUGCUAGCGAUCUUGAACGCGAUGGGUCAUCCUACUUUGCGAUAUGGCAGUAUCUCAUCAUCUCGGAGGUGGCUGCAUCAGAACGUGGACUUCCCAAUUUGCCGACGGGCUACCUAGGUCCUGCUGCUCGGUUCUAUGAGCUCGGACUUCAAGUAGUCAGCCAUCCCGACCCCUUCAUCCGUGCGGAGGCAGGUGAGCUGCGCAUCCAACUGGCCUAUCAACCACAACGCCCGCUUAAGAUGAUGGCUCAGCUUAUCUUUGCCUCAAAUAAUGUCACUGAGGACUACUCACAAAUGGUGCUGCAACAAAUGCGCAUGGGCCAGGUCUACUUUGUUGUGCGCAUUCCUCGACUUGGCUUCUUCAAACUGCAAAUAUACGCCUUGCCCGAGGGCGAUAGAGAUGAUUCUUUGCCAGGAGUGUACAACUAUCUCAUUGAGGCCAGCAAAGCCACCCACCGGCUGCGUGGACAACUUAUGCCCUUCCCGCAACAGUUCGCGCAUUGGCGCCGUAGCGGAUGCUACCUAGACGCACCAACUGAAGGCAUCCUCGGUCUCGAUGCCAACGGCCGUCUAAUGACGAAUCCUCCAGCCGAAGUGGCCUUCUGCCUUGCCGUGCCAAGUGCGCAUAGCGUUGCGGUGGUAGUGGACGAUGACUGGACAUAUCUGGAGGCUCGUGGCGACCGUUGGGAAGGCAUUGUGCCCAUGCGAGCUCACUGGGGACGCCAAUCGCGGCUCUCCGUUUGUGCCUCCUAUUCUCAGCAUGAUGCAAACUUUAGCACCUUAUUGGAGUACACGUUGGCGGGCUAA